AUGAUUAAAAAGGUUCAAGCUAAUGAUAGAUUAGGUAAAAAGAUAAAAGUCAAAUGUUUACCGACAGAUACAAUUGAAGAUUUGAAGAAAGUAUUAUCAUUACAAAUAGGUACACCAUAUGAUAAAAUCAUACUAAAGAAAGGUCAUCAAAUAUAUAAAGAUCAUAUAUCACUAGAUGAUUAUGAGAUACACGAUGGAUUUAAUUUUGAGUUAUAUUAUGGUUAG